AUGGAAGCAGAACAACACUUUCAUCUUCCUCGUCAAUCUUGCGGUUCUCCGGUUCAAGGCAUGGAAAACGUGGUGGCAACGGUUAGCGGUUACCACGGCUCCGAGCGGUUCGAUCUCAUCAAGCUGAUUUCACUUGCCGGCGCCAAUUACGUUGGCGCAAUGUCGAAAUCGAUAACGCAUCUGGUGUGUUGGAAAUUUGAAGGAAAGAAAUAUGAUAUUGCGCUGAAGUUUAGAAUUCCUGUAGUGAACCACCAAUGGAUCGAGGACUGCGUAAAGGAAGGAAGGCGUGUUCCAGAAGAUUCUUACACCUUGCGAAGUGGAAAUGAAGUAGGGCGAUUGUUGCUGGAAGUUCCCCUCACUGUUCGAGUCAGUAGCUUGACAAAGAAAAAAUUGGUCAGUGACAAGUUACAUGAUACUGGGUCUGAAAGGCAAAAAACCAACUUUGGUCCUGGAACCUCGAGAACUUAUGUUUUGGAAGAUUCUUGUUUAAUGAAAAAGCAUGAUGAGUCAAGUUCAAAUUCGUCUAGAUUGUCAAGGAAAGGAAAAAGGAAUAUUUGCAAUGGUAAGGGAGUCAAUAUUGUGGCUGGACCUUCUCGUAAAGAAAGAAGACUUGCGAGAAAUCUUGUUGAUGAAGUCGUGUUGGCUCCUUCAGAUUUGGAUUUAAGCCCAGAUGACAGCAUAUUUAGAAAGGAUAGACUACAAGCAGACGCUCAAGCUACCUCUAGCCUUUCUGGUGGUGUUAAUAAUAACAUUAUUGUACAAAAUAGUGAAGAAUCAAAUGCUGGGUUAAGUAAUCAAAGUAGAUCUAUCGAUGGUGGUUCAGAUGAUAUUGAACAGAUCAACGAUUCAAGGCAUUUAUCUACUCCUAGAAAUUCAACUUUGUUUAAAGAAGAUGCCCUACCUAUGCCACAAACAACAAUAGAUAUAUGUUCCAGUGAUGAUGAAAAAUCCACAGAUUGUGAUCAGGUUGAUAAUGGUGCUGACUUACCUACUUCAACAGAGAUGUCAUGUGUUAUAUGUUUCACAGAUUUCAGCUCAACACGAGGGAUUCUGCCGUGUGGACAUCGAUUUUGUUUUCCAUGUAUCCAGAGUUGGGUUGAUCAUAGGACUUCAAUGAGAAAAAUAUCAACCUGCCCUUUGUGCAAGGCAAGUUUUGUGAUGAUUAAGAAAGUCGAGCAUGCAGCCACCGCUGAUCAAAAAGUAUACUCCCAGACAAUCCCAUGUGACAAUUCAGCCUCAGAUAUUUUUAUCCCCAUGGAUCAAGAAUUACCGUAUAAUAUCUUUGAGUCUGUACAGGCAGGAGCUUGUGUAAUUUGCCGUGGUCGGGAACCAGAGGAUCUCCUUGAGAGUUGUGAUAUUUGCCGAGUUCGAAAGAUCCAUUCAUAUUGCAUGGACCCUCCUCUACGGCCAUGGACAUGCAAUCAUUGCAAGGAACUUCGGAUGCUUUAUCGUAGUAAUCACUCGUAUUAG